AAAGUCGUCGUCUCUUCCAUAUCACUUCGGCUCAUGGACCUUGUGAGCUAGACCUCAACUGUAUCACAAGAACUUUUUCUAAAAAGCUGCAUCUUCGCUGCCAUAUUUUAAUGGCUUUUCUUUCUUCUUCUUCAUCGUUUUUGGAUCCCUCCAAGCGCCAGUUUGACGUGUUUGUGAGUUUCAGAGGCGCCGACACACGUAAUUCCUUCACCUCAUACCUCCUUCAGUUCCUACACCGGAAAGGUAUUGAUGCUUUCUUCGAUGGGAAACUCCGUCGAGGCAAGGACAUCUCUGUUGUAUUUGACAGGAUUGAGCAAUCAAAAAUGUCGAUUGUCAUCUUCUCACAGAACUAUGCCAACUCCACAUGGUGCUUGGAGGAACUCUGGAAGAUAAUGCAGUGCAGGGAGAAAUUUGGUCAUGGGGUCUUACCUGUCUUCUACAAAGUCAGGAAAUCUGAUGUGGAGAAUCAGAGAGGGAGUUUUGGAGCUCCCUUCCUGAGCCCUAAGGAUAGUUUCAAGGGAGAUGGGCACAAAAUUGGGGCAUGGAAGGAAGCUCUGAAGAUUGCUUCCAAUAUCCUGGGGUAUGUGCUUCCUGAAGAAAGGCCGGAGAGUGAAUUUGUUGAAAAAGUAGCCAAGGAAACAUUCAGGAUGCUGAAUGAUUUGUCUCCUUGUGAAAUCAUUGGUUUCCCGGGGAUUGAAUCACGUUCAAAGGAACUGGAGGAGUUAUUGAUGUUUGAUAACACAAAUUGUAUCCGUACCGUUGGGGUUCUCGGGAUGACUGGAAUUGGCAAGACAACAGUUACUGAUAGCGUUUAUAAACGAAAGUAUCGUCAGUUUGAUGGUUACUGUUUCCUUGAAGACAUUGAAAAUGAGUCAAAGCGGCAUGGAUUGCAUAAUUUGCACCAGAAACUCCUCUGUAAAUUAUUGGAUGAAGAAAAUGUGGAUGUUAGAGCGCAUGGAAGAUUGAAAGAUUUUCUAAGGAACAAAAAGUUGUUUAUUGUGCUGGAUAAUGUGACUGAUGUAAAUCAAAUAGAAUUUCUCAUUGGACAGCAGGAGCUGUACCGGAAAGGAAGCAGGAUUGUUAUAACAACUAGAGACAAGAAACUUCUGCAGAACAAUGCGGAUGCAACAUACAUUGUUCCCAGAUUAAAUGACAGUGAAGCUAUGGAACUUUUCUGCCUAGAUGCAUUUUCUGACAGCCUCUACCCAACAGAAGAAUUUCUGGAUUUAUCAAACAAUUUUGUUUAUUAUGCGAAAGGGCACCCUUUAGCUUUGAAGUUGUUAGGUUCAGGUCUACGUCAGAAAGAAAGAACAUACUGGGUGGAAAAAUGGGAGAGAUUAACGGUAGAGCCAGACAAGGAGAUUCAGAAAGUGCUAAAACUGAGUUAUGAAGCACUGGAUGAUGAACAGAAGAGCAUAUUUCUAGAUAUAGCAUGUUUUUUCAGAUCAGAAAAAGCAGAUUUGGUUUCAAGCAUCUUAAAAUCAGACCAUGUUAUGAGAGAACUUGAAGAUAAGUGCUUGGUAACCAUUUCUUAUAAUCGGCUUGAGAUGCAUGAUCUAAUGCAUGCAAUGGGUAAGAAGAUUGGAUCUGAAUCAUCCAUCAAAAGGGCAGGCAAACGUAGCAGGUUGUGGAACCACAAAGACAUACGUCAUGUGCUGGAGCAGAGAACGGGAACUGAAUGUGUUAGAGGCAUCUUCUUGAACAUGUCUAAUGUCGAAAAGAUCAAGCUAAGUCCUGAUGUUUUCAUGAGGAUGUCGAAUCUCAAAUUCCUCAAGUUCCACAAGUCUCAUUGUUCCCAGUGGUGUGAUAACGACCAUAAAUUUCUGUUCUCUGAAGGGCUUGAUCAUUUUCCGGAUGAGCUUGUGUACCUUCACUGGCAAGGGUACCCUUACGAAUACCUGCCAUCAGAAUUCAAUCCAGAGGAACUUGUUGAUCUUAGUCUGCGUUAUAGCUUCAUCAAACAACUGUGGGAAAAUGAGAAGGUGCCAUGUAAUACAGAAAAAUUAAGAUGGGUCGACCUCAGUCAGUCAAAAGACUUGCAGAGUUUAUCAGGUUUGUCCAUGGCUAAAAAUCUUGAAAGAUUGGACCUCGAAGGCUGUACGAGUUUGGUUCUGUUGGGCUCAUCAAUCAAACAGAUGAACAAACUUAUUUACUUGAACCUGAGAGACUGCACAAGCCUUGAGAGUCUCCCAAAGGGGAUCAAUUUAAAAUCUCUAAAGACUCUGAUCCUCAGUGGCUGCUCAAACCUUCAAGAGUUUCAAAUUAUAUCAGACAAUAUUGGAUCUCUUUAUUUGGAAGGCUCAGCAAUUGAAAAGGUUGUUGAACACAUCGAGAGUCUUCGCAACCUUAUUUUGCUGAAUCUGAAGAAUUGUCGCAGGUUGAAGUUUCUUCCCAAAGAUCUUUACAAGCUGAAAUCUCUUCAAGAACUGAUUCUCUCUGGCUGUUCAGCGUUGGAGAGUCUUCCACCAAUCAAAGAGGAGAUGGAAUGCUUAGAGAUUUUGCUUAUGGAUGGAACAUCCAUCAAACAGACACCUGAAAAGAUUUGUUUGAGUAACCUCAAGAUGUUUUCAUUCUGCGGAUCUAUCAUCGAAGAUUCCGAAGCGUUGGUAUUGUUGCCUUUCUCAGGCAGCUUUUGCUUAUCGGACCUCUAUCUCACGAACUGCAAUAUCUACAAAUUUCCAGAUAACUUUAGCUCCUUAUACUCGUUACGGUGUUUAUGCUUAAGCAGAAACAAUAUUGAGACUCUACCUGAAAGCAUUAAGAAACUUCAAUGUCUGUGGUUGCUUGACCUGAAACAUUGCUGCAAGCUCAAUUCUCUUCCAGUGCUUCCGUCUAGUCUACAAUAUGUAGAUGCUCACGGGUGUGUUUCUCUGGAAAAAGUCGCAAAACCAGUGUCACUUCCCCUAGUAACUGAUAGGAUGCAUACUACUUUCCUUUUCACGAAUUGUUUCAAGCUGAACCGAUCUGAGCAGGAAGCUAUUGUUACGCAGGCCAAAAUCAAGAGUCAACUACUGGCAAGGACAUCUCUUCAACAUAAUCAUAAGGGACUAGUUCUAGAGCCUCUGGUUGCUGUUUGUUUUCCAGGAAAUGACAUACCCUCAUGGUUCUGCUAUCAGAGAAUGGGAUCUUCAAUAGAAACCGACCUGCUUCCACACUGGUGUAACAGUAAAUUUAUUGGAGCUUCCCUAUCUAUUGUUGUCUCCUUCAAGGAUAAUGAAGGUCAUCAUGUCAACCGUUUAUCUGUAAGAUGCAAGUGCGAAUUCAAAAAUCAAAACGGUCAGUCUAUCAGCUUUAGUUUCUGCCUUGGGGGAUGGAACGAGUCAUGUGGAUCAUCUUGCCAUGAACCACGGAAACUUAGAUCUGACCAUGUGUUUAUCAGUUAUAACAACUGUAGUGUGCCAAUCUUGGAAUGGAUGGAAACGAGUAAUGACGGCAAUAGAUGUCAUCUCACUAGUGCCUCAUUUGAAUUCUACCUUACCGAUGAAACUGAAAGGAAAGUAGAAUGCUGCAAGGUGAUAAGGUGUGGUAUGAGUUUGUUAUAUGCUCCAGAUGAAAAUGACCGAGGUUUCCAGGGAAUACGGGUAACAGACACUGUUGAGCGUACAUCUAGCGAGGCUGUUGUGACCAUUCGAGGUCAGUCCCACUCACGGAUUGAAGAAAAGAAAAAUGGUAAAAUAAGAGAUGAAAUAUUGGAUAUGAGUAUUUCCUCCAUAAUAAGAGGUCCCGGGUUUUGAAUAGAAAACGAAAGUUUACAUUGAUGUAGGCAGGAACAUAAAGAUGUUACAUUGUUUUUCAAACCCUUUGGUGCGUCGGGGGGGACUUCCAUCAAGCUACCUGGCUGGCUGGCUUCAACUUGACUUUGAGCUUAUCCUUGGAUGUGACUGGUUCGUUGACACUCGAAGCUGAUUGAUGUGGAACAACUGGUCCAAAGGCUACACGUACGGUUUCAUAAAGUGUUUCUCAAAAUAAUGCGCUGUAAAUUGAAGGGAAACAUGAAGAAAUUUGCUGGAGAGAUCCAAUUUGUUGGGUGAUAAGAAGAUACAGACAACAAUGGGAAUAUGCAAACAAUGAUUUUCUGAGAGGUAAACCUGAGCUUACGGUGGAGAUUGAAAUCAGGAGACUGGGAAGUUUUGCCACAGGAAAACCUAUAAUGUUUGAAGGGUUUCUACCAGAAGCUGCUUCCCCGGAGAUGAGGAUAGCUUUUUUAAGGGCUACUAUGGACAAGGACAAAGCUUUAGCAAAGGAUCUAUCAAAACUCACUUUAAUAAUCACUCUAGCUAGUUCGUUUAUGUAUCUUUAUCCUUGGACAGACUUAUAAUAUGUUGUCUCUGUUUUAUCAAAUCCCUUUGUGGCACUGCGUAAAGAUCGGAUGAUUAUUACAAAUGACGUUAUCAUCAAACUGUAAAUUAAACCACAGAACAACAAAAGACAAGAAAAGAAAAACAGUUUCGGUUUAUGAUAAAUUUUAAAUGCUUUAACCGCUCAUAGUCAUGGAACAUAAUGACUAGACAGCAUAUGACAUAGGCGGGUAAGGCUGAGCUCCAGCAAUGUAACCUUGGUUGGCUUGAGCAUUGUAACACUGGUUGGCUUGCGGUGUGGUCGGGUAAGCGGUUGGCAUUGUCGAUCCACCACCGACUUUAGUUAUACCUUGCUGACGACCCAUGUAGAAACAUCCUACACAACCGCUGAUGCAUAGGAACACCAAGAAUAUGAACAAUGGUAGCGAGAAAUACACAAGUAUCAUCGCUUACAAUCUCUGGAUUUUAACUAAACCAGUGUUAUGUCUAGAUA